GUUUUGACAAUCAAGUUUUCUCACACUUCACUUGAAGGAUUCCUGUCUCGUGUCAUCGUCAUCAUCACACGAGCAUCAACAUGCUAGUAGUCCUUGCCGUACUCGCCGUUGUCCUAAGCAUUGUCCUUGAGCCAGCUAGCGCAUCCCUGUCGCUAGCGCUGAAUGCCAGUUGCCAUACCUUCGUGUACCGUGGCAGUCCCGGUCCGCUCAUGUCGGAAUUCCUGGCCGCGAAGGCGGCGUUUCACGACGAGUCUGCCGUGUGUUUCCAGCAAGAUGUCGACUUGCUGCGACAGUCGACUGCCAUUCUGUACUACCCGCGGCACGAUGCACAUGCCGCCAAGUCCUGCUUGCUUCGUGGCUUGCCUUCGGCCGAAACGUACACUGGUCCAGUGUCUGCAGUAGACCUCGUGGCAUUUGUGAACCAACGAGCGCAUACGCACCGCCUCCCUGACGGGCAGAUCAAUCCCCUCGCGUCCAUCGCCCGCGCGUUGGAGUCUCAAUUGUUCACCGUCCCCGCGACGACGUCGUCCUGCAAGACUGUUGCUGCCCACGACAUGACUCCUGAACUCUUCGAGCAGUUCAUUCUGCGCAAUGAGCCGUUGAUCAUCCAGCGGGCCGCGCCAGAGCUAGUUAACGCCACGGAGUGGUCCACCCAGUCGCUUCUCGAACGCAUUGGCAGCCGCCAAGUUCAUGUCAAGGUAUCCCCCACUGGCGACUUUGAAGGCUGCGAGCCGCUGGCGUGGUGGGAAGGCGCGAAUGACACCAUUCCAGACUUUGUGCUCAAGAAUUUGGAGUCCCCAGACAGAGUGUUGGUACGUCCGGCUGCCGCGAACAUGGCGUUUUCGUCGUUUGUGAAUCGUUUAACGACGGCUUUGCCGUCGACCACGUCAUAUUAUUUGGAGUAUUUGUCCAUGGCUACGUACGUUCCCGAGUUGCUAACGAACGCGCCUCAAUUCCCGUGGGCCACGUCAUCGUUUCUGCAGCUGGACGUGGCAAACUUGUGGUUUGGCGACGGCAAAAGUGUGGGCAAACUCCACUUUGACGCGUACGAAAACUUGAUGACAAUGGUUUCAGGCCAAAAGCAGUUUGUCCUGUACGACCCAUCGGACAACACGCGGCUGUACGAAGGGCACAUUCGCGAGGUACGAGGGGACAAAAAAGGGUGGGUACACGAACGGGUGGUGUAGGCGCAAUACGAAAUGGACGCGUCUGGUGAUGGGUUUUACAGGCGUAAACUCAUGGAAUCCACAUCGAUGGUCAACAGCCCCGUGGAUAUCAACGACCCGGCCGACGUGACGAGAUACCCUCGUUUUGCCCAAGCCAACGCAUUGCGAUGUACCGUGAACGAAGGCGACACCCUUUUUGUGCCGUCGUUUUGGUGGCACGAGGUGAUUUCGACCCCCGCGACCCAUGAAGCCCGCAAUGUGGCGGUGAAUUACUGGUACAAACCACUGUACACCAAAGACUUUCCGUGCAAAUCGUGCCGCGUUCGGUUCAAUUUGGCCUACGAACACGUCCUUCGGUCCCUCCAGAGCAAGAAGGAGGAGCAAUCUCGAGACGAACUGUAAUAAUCGAUAGCAUUACAGCUUGCUUUUGUACACUGUCUUUUGUCGCGUGAGCUCGGCAACGUAUGCAUCCUGCGCCGAUUGCUUGGUCGACCCCUUCUUGGCCGCCCACGCAUCCCACUUGGCACGACCAGCCACGUCGAAUACCCCUGGACGAGACGUCGUGUUGUCUCCCUUUGUAGCUUGCUUGAAGAGCGCAUACAGCUUGAGCUUGUCGGCGUUGGAAGGGGUAGUCGCAGGGGUCCAUCCGCUCAAAUGGCUUGCCACCACGGCCUCAAACUCGUCCUUCGAGUAUGCCAUGUUGUUGCUCGACGGUUCCAG